AUGUCAAGUAUACGCGCAUUAUUUGGUGCGUCAAAUAAAAUUGUAAAUGCAUUUUUUCCAAAUAUUGGAAUUUCUAGAACAAACUUUGAGUCAAGAGUGCACAAAAAGUUACAAACAGAGUAUAAUUCAAGGUCUUUGUUAGGCAUAAGUUCCUUUUUUUCAACAAUUUCACCACAGUUAAAUAUAAUUGACAGCAGAACUACUCAAGAAAGUCUUUAUAUACCUUAUAAGGAAAAUAAACUUUCUUGGGAGCAUACAUUGGAAAGUAUUCAAAACGAUAAAUUUACAACGAAAAAUAAAUCAUUAAUUAAGGAUGAAACGGAAAAUGAGCCAAAGGGAGCAGAUGAAUAUACACUUAAUGUUGGUAGAGCGAUUCGUACAAUACGAACCGAAUUGCCAUUAUUUUUUGGAAAAGGUCUAUCUGAUACAUCGAUCUAUUCGCCAAAUAUUUUACUAACGGAUCCUCAUCAUACACGUCUUCACGUACGCGGGAAGCAUAUUUAUUUAGGAAUUGCUAACUUAUUAAGAUGGAGUUUGGUAUGGUAUUUUGAUGAUCUGACCUUAGAACUAAUUAAACUUCACACUGUUGAAAAUGGCAUUGAUGAUGAGGAUAGAUCAAGUCGAGAUAUUUAUUUUAAAGGCGUGAUAAAUGAUAAAUUUUUUACCAAGAUCAACGGAAAUAUAAAGAAAGUACAAUUAUCAAAGAGUCAACAUAAAGGAUCAUAUUUUUCUACAUCUGUGUUACCACCAUCAGAUAGAAAUACCCGACUUUAUAUUCGUUGGACACUUGAGGGCAUACCCAGGUCUUCUUAUGUUACAUCAUUGUUUUCUUCUCGUGGAAUGCGAAUUCCACGUUCAACGUUUUCAGGAAUCUUUAUGUAUAAAUUUGAUCCUAAAAGUGGAUUGGUUUUAGAACAUCAUGUAAAACAUAUUAUACCCGCACCCAGUCGUAAGGCGGUAUUAUAUCAUGGAUUCGGUGGUUUUGGAGGGUUAUUAUGGAGAAUCAGAAGUAGUAUGACAAAACAAAAGAACGAAUGGGGAAUGGGUUUAGGAAUGGUUGGUGCCAAAACUCGUGAGUCAGAAAACAUGUUAAAUGCUGUUAGGUUAAAAACUAAAGAUAAAAAAAAUGAAUUUCAUGAUUAUCGAGAUACCGCAAGAAAUAACUUUUUACCCAUCGCAAAGAAUUUCUCUUAUUAUCUUGCCCGAAUUAUUGUAUUUAUACAGCGUGUAAUGGCGGAACUUGGAUUAGAAAGCCAAGACCCAACCCUUCCGGUAAGGGAAGAGAAUCUUGAUGAUAAUAACGAUCUGGAUUCUGAAGAUCUAUUAGCUGCUAUGGCAGAGAAUUCUCCUGAACAACAAUUCACUGACGUGGCGGAAGAAAUGGAGGAAGAGGAACUUCUAUUGGAUGAUUCUCUGUCACCACUUGAAAAGAUAUUUUUAUAUGUAAAAAGUGAUUUGGUAUUUCAUAGAGUGUUCAUUGCAAAGGAACUUCCCUCAUUAAUAAGAGAUGUGGAAAUUAGUGAAGCGGUUGAAUAUGUGUUACCUUUAAUGAACUCUUUGGGAACUGAUCCAGAGGAUCAUGUCCGUGAGGCAUUUGCACCCGAAUUGGACAAAAUUAUAUGGUUUUAUUAUUCACAUUGUCCUCUGAAAGAAAUUACACCUGAUAACGCUCAGGGAGAUAAUGGAACAACAAUAACAUCUCGACCAAUGACACCACAAAGACCUCAAACACCUCAACGACCACUUACACCACAAAGACCUCAAACUCCUCAAAGACCUCAAACACCUAUACAGCAGCAAUUACAACAACUUCCUGCACAAUCACAAACUCAUUUACCAUAUUUAUCUCCGGCUGCUUUCACUCCUCUUCUUCACAUACUUCUUCUCGAUCAAAACACUAGUAUUGCAUCGGCAGCACAAGCAGCCGUUCAAUCCCUAGUUGAGAAAAUAUUAGAGGAGCCAGAUGUAAAUCCCAAAGAGAAAGAAUUAUUGGAAAGAGAAACUUUAGAGGGCGUCGUUUUGGGCAUAGGAAGGUUAGAUCAGGAGAAGGCGAAAAGGGAGGAAUUAAACGAAUGGGAUGCAGAUGAUGAUGCAAGUGUUGGUGCCGUUGCUGGCGGUGAAGAAGAAGCUGAAUUGGGACGAAUGACCAUGAUGACAUUGAUAGCAGCCCUUGCACCCAUUGUUGGACCAGAAAGAUGUACUCGUUUAUUUGUUCCUGAAUUGGAUAAAAUGUCGGAUGAACCAGUGUUUUAUGUUCGGAAGGAAGCGGCUCUCGCAGUUGGAAAUUUAGCUGGAGUUCUACCCUUGGAUAUAAUUACGUCAAAAUUGUUACCCAUAUACGACCAUUUCUCAAUCGAUCCUAUUUGGCACGUACGUCGAUCUUGCUGCCUAGUCUUACCUACGAUUUGCGCUCGCCUUCCAGAAGAGAUGAAAGCUGAGCGAGCUGUAAAAGGAAUCGAACUUUUUGCGGGAGAUGUAAGCCGGAGUGUGCGAUCGGCUGCUGGCGAAAUUAUUGGUGAAUUAAUUGCCACUUUCCAACCUGAUGGCAACGUACCCGAAAGCUUGGUACAACAUUUUCUAGGUUUGGGACCCAUUAGAGAAACAACCGUUGGUGUUUCAAAUCUAUCUGGUAAUGCCUAUAGUACUGGACUUGGUCAGAGAGAUCCAGAACGUCCAGUCAUAUGUGCAUAUAAUUUUCCUGCUGUGGUUUUAACCCUGGGAAAAAGUCGGUGGGACGAUUUAAAGGAGACAUAUGCUGCUUUAACAAAAGAUAUGCAGGUCAAAGUUCGUAGAUCUUUGGCUUGUUCACUUCAUGAAAUUGCGAAAGUAAUUGGACCCACAAAAACCGAACAAGAUUUGAUAUCCGUUUUUGCAUUCUACUUGGGUGAUAUGGAUGAGGUCAAAUCAGGUCUCAUGGAACAUCUUGCAGAUUUCUUUGAGUGUUUGCCACAAAAUACUCGGAAUGAUUAUUUACCUUCAUUAAAUGAAGUGUGGGAUGGUGUAAGUCACCAAUGGCGUUUGAGAGACGAGAUUUCCAAGCAAAUACCGGCGUUGUGUAGAUUGUUUAAUAGUCAAAAUGGAAUAAAUUAUAUAUUACCUUUAACUAUCCGUGCAGUCAGGGAUGAGGUUGCUAGUAUUCGAGAAACGGCUGUCUCAAGUUUUCCAACUUUAUUUCAAGUCGUCCGGAGCGAUGAGUCAAUUUAUAAGGAAACGAUAAAGCGAGUUUGCGAGUUUGCCACUGAUGACAAAUUUAGAGGCAGAGUAGUUUUUGUACAGAUCUGCAAAGCUCUUAUUUCGUCAGAUUAUCCAAAAGAGGAGUUUGAAAAGUACUUUUUAAAUGAUUUAAAGCAACUUUCAUCAGACAGAGUAGUAAAUGUUAGGAUUGCAUUGGCAAGACUUGUUGGUGAAUUAUGUCGAAUGGAACAAUACUAUCAGAAUCCUUCAAGUCGACCUUCACAAAUCAAUGAAUUAUUACAUCGACUUGCAGAAGACAAUGACGUGGAUGUACGUGGAUUUGUAUUUUCACACUUGUCAUCUGAAGAAAGAUCACAAUUCAUAUCAUCAACUAUACAGGCCAUGGCUGAAAGUGCUGAAAAUGGAUUAGCGUCGAUAUCAGAAGAAACGGAUUUAGAUAGAAACAGGUCAAUAACACAGGAUACUCAUGAUUCAACGCCAAUUAUGACCGGCGUGAAUAAUGAGGAAAAAAAUGAUGCAGAAAAAAAUAAAGAAAUGAGAGAUAUGGAAAAUGGUCGUGAAAAUGAUGGUUCGCUGGGCGAGAUCAUGGGGGAAAUUCCAAUUGCAUUUAUAAGACCAAGUAGCGUUAUCGAAGUGGAUAAUAAUAAUAUGUCAUCCUCCGGACUCAUUGUAUCAUCAACGCCUCCUUGA